AUUUCAGUGGUUGUCUAUCAAAGAGUUCUUUCUUUUCUUUCUCCCAUUUUGCUGCAGAAGGCUUCAUUUCUUUACUCUCCUCUAGGUUGUGAUCAAGUGUUUUAGUGUAAAAAUGGCUACAGCUGGAAAGGUAAUUAAAUGUAAAGCAGCAGUGGCCUGGGAGCCCAACAAGCCUCUGGUGAUUGAAGAGAUCGAAGUGGCCCCACCAGAAGACAACGAGGUCCGCAUUAAAAUUGUAUCAACAGCCGUGUGCCACUCUGACCUGUACCACCUUUUGGAGGGCAUGAAUAAAAAGGGCUUUCCAACAGUCCUUGGCCACGAGGCUGCUGGCAUCGUGGAGAGUGUCGGAUCUGGAGUCACAGAAUUUCAGCCAGGAGACAAGGUCAUCCCAAUUUUCCUUUCCCAGUGUAAAGAAUGUUCUCUCUGUAAGAGUCCAAAAACCAACCAGUGUAAAGAGGGAUGGACGAGGGUUUGUCAAGAAUCAAUGUCAGGCGUAGAAACCAGGUUGACCUGUAAGGGGAAGAAGAUCCUGCAGUUUAUGGGAACCAGUACCUUCUCUGAGUACACCGUGAUUGAUCAGAUUGCUGUGGCCAAGAUUGAUCCUGGUGCUCCUUUGGACAAAAUCUGUCUGAUCGGCUGUGGGAUCUGCACUGGCUACGGCGCAGCAGUGAAUACUGCAAAGGUUGAACCAGGCUCCACAUGCGCUGUGUUUGGUCUGGGAGCUGUGGGCUUGGCUGCAGUCAUGGGCUGCAAAGCUGCAGGAGCUAAAAGGAUCAUCGCUGUUGACAUCAAUCCAGAGAAAGCUGAAAAGGCCAAAGCGCUUGGAGCGACUGACUUUGUGAACCCCAAAGAUCACAACAAACCCAUCCAUGAAGUGCUAGCUGAGAUGACCAACGGUGGAGUGGACUUCUCUGUGGAAUGUGUUGGGAAGGUGGAAGUCAUGCGCAGUGCCUUGGAGUCUUGUGUGCCAGCUUGGGGUGUCAGUGUGAUUGUUGGCUGGACGCAAUUGUUUGAAGUUGCUAUCCCACCAGUUCUUCUCAUCUCUGGACGAACUUUGAAGGGCUCCUUGUUUGGAGGGUUUAAGAGCAAAGAUGGUGUGACAGGGAUGGUUAAAGCCUACCUGGAUAAGAAGAUACAUUUGGAUGAGUUCAUCACUCACAACAUGACUUUGGACCAAGUCAAUGAUGCAAUUGAGCUGAUGAAGCACGGCAAAUGCAUCCGGGCUGUCAUGAGUGUCUCACAACAAUAAGACCAAAAGACACUUCAGUUCUUGUAAGAUUUACCCCAAGAUUGUGCAUAGAAGUAUGUGGAGCAUUUACUUAGUUAAUUAUGUGCAGGUGGUGAUUACAAGAUUCUGCAGUGCAUAUAUGAACUAAAACUGAUGUGUUCAUGGAAUAAAAUUAAUCAUCUGAGCAGAUGGUUUCAUAGCAGCUUUGUUUGUUUUCUGUUCUUAUUGGGUUUUAUGUCCACAGCUCUGUCUGCAGUGACACUUAAUGCAAUAUUAAAUUAUGUCUUACGUGUCCGUUCGGUUUACACAGGCCAGACUAUUUGUCUGUGUUUGUUUAACUUGGUGGUUAUUCAGUAUCUCUACUUGGAUGGAAUUCAGCAUUUCGUUCCCAGCAGACCUUCUGUCUGUUUUUAUUAAACUUUGUGUUUUUAAUAAUGAAACUAUUAAAAGGAAACAAAAUGAAAUUGUAUACUUCUGUAUAAUAACAGUCACUUUGCCCCCAGAGUUUAGC